GUACGCUGAAACAACCUAACAGCCCAGGCAAAACAGACAUGGCCCAAGCUCUAAGAAGAAGCAGAGACGACGCUGAAAGGCAUGAUAAAAUUGUUAAUGCACAUACAAAUAACUGCAAAGCUUGUUGAAAAGUAAUGGGCAGACACUUAAAACAGAUACCAGGAGAUGGUGAUUGUUUCUACCAUGCAGUUGGAUUAAUGUUUAAUCAAACAGCAGAUCAUAUAAAGGGGGAAAUAUGUCUUCAUUAAGAAGCUUUCUCUGAAAUCUACAUGGAGUUUGUUCCAGAAGGUGAAUCUUAUUCUAAAGUAGUACAAGACCUUAGAUCAUCCUGGACUGCACUAGCGGGUGAUUUCCUUCCUUUAGCAGUAGCAAAGAUGUUUCAAGAAAAUCUCACUAUAUUCACCACAAAACAAGAUCAGCCAAUUAUAAACUUCUCCCCAAAUAUGGGAAUCCAAACCUCAUCUCCAAUAAAGGGUCAAUCUCCAGGAUACAAUCUAACAUAUCUAGCAGUAACAGGCCAUGAACAUUAUGAUUUAAGUGUGCCUUUUCAUGAGUCAACUACAUCAUUCUCAAAGAAAAGUACCAAACCCAAAGAAAAACAACAUGUUUCACCAACAAAUGAAACGUUCAUGGAGAACCAAUCCGAGAAGAUAGAAGUUAUCCAAGAUGACAAGGAAAGUACCAAACAAACAGAAAAACAGCAUGUUUCACCAACAAAUGAAACGUUCAUGGAGAUCCAAUCUGAGAGGGUAGAAGUUAUCCAAGGUGACAAGGAAAGUACCAAACCAACAGAAAAACAGCAUGUUUCACCAACAAAUGAAACGUUCAUAGAGAACCAAUCUGAGAGGGUAGAAGUUAUCCAAGAUGACAAGGAAAGUACCAAACCAACAGAAAAACAGCAUGUUUCACCAACAAACGAAACGUUCAUGGAGAACCAAUCUGAGAGGGUAGAAGUUAUCCAAGAUGACAAGGAAAGUACCAAACCAACAGAAAAACAGCAUGUUUC